AGAAGGACUUAGUACCCCACAACAGUGUCUCAAGGGAGCCCCACUAAGGUUAAAGGCUGAUGUUCUGCUAUUUUCCUUUCUUUUAUUACUCCUCACUGGAGAGAGAAAUCAUAGAUUUUUCAGAUUUUUAGCACUGAGUUUUGAAAGCAAGUUGAGGUUUUUCGAGGUGAGUCCAUGUAGAAGUGAAGUUCGGACACAGAAUCAAACUGAAGUCCUGAUAUGACACCAUAUCAAACUCUUUUCUGAUUGGACAUAGUACCGGACUGACAUGCAGAAGUGAAUCUUAUCAUGAGGCAUCCACUCUUGUGGACUCUAUUGUUCAUCAGACACUGAGGAUAGGGUACUGAGAAUGGAACCAUGAUGUCUAGGACUAAGUUGUUAGACUUUAACUGCCUGAACAUGGAUUUAACUGUCUGCUUACUCGGUUGAGCUUGGGAAUACACCGACACUCUUCUGAGAUGCUGAGGAUGUUUCUUACUGAAAAAGUACUGGUAAAAGGCCAAGGUUUAUAGCUGUUCUGCAACUUUUUGAUAUGACGCACAAGUAUCCUUGUAUCACCAGGAGGAAUUCGCUCUUUAACUAUGGCUCGAUUAGGAGACGACACUCUUGCAUUGGUUUCGAUGUGGAAAAUGGCUUGUCAAUCGGGCGCAGUCCACUGGACCCUACAGUCAGUCCGAGCUCUGGUCUGGUCCUUCAGGCAAACAGCCAACGGCGCGAGUCUUUCCUCUACCGCUCAGACUCGGAUUUCGACCUCUCACCCAAGACAAUGUCCAGAAAUUCCUCCACCGCCACCGAGCUUCAUGGAGAGGACAUGAUUGUAACACCAUUUGCUCAGGUUCUUGCCAGUCUACGUACAGUGAGGGGUAAUGUUGCUGCUUUAACCCACGUGCAAGAUAAAAGCAACAGGAGACCAUCAGGCACUAACCCUCAAUCUGUCUGCAAGACAAGCUUAUCAGUUGCAGAUGAGGCGCAUCAGAAACUUGCUGUUGAGACUCUUGAAGAGCUGGAUUGGUGUUUGGAUCAGCUGGAGACCCUGCAAACACGUCAUUCUGUCAGUGAAAUGGCCUCAAAUAAAUUUAAAAGAAUGCUCAACAGGGAGCUCACUCAGCUAUCUGAGACCAGUCGUUCAGGAAACCAGGUGUCGGAGUUCAUAUCAAGCACAUUUUUACAAAAACAGCAAGAUGUGGAGAUUUUGUCAGCAGCAUGUAAGGAAGAGAAAAAACGACGUCCAAUGUGUCAGAUAAGUGGAGUAAGAAAACCGAGCCCCAGUCCCAGCCUCCCCCCAACAUGCAUCCCCCGGUUUGGUGUCAACACACAGCACGAGAUCAUCCUGGCCAAGGAGCUUGAGCACAUUGAUCAAUGGGGUAUGGAUAUGUUUAAGAUAGCAGAUUAUUCUGGGAAUCGGCCACUGACAGUCCUAAUGUUCAAAAUUUUUCAGGAGCGAGAUUUGCUCAAAUCCUUUAAAAUCCCAUCGGACACCUUCUUAACUUUCCUGAUGACUUUGGAAGAUCAUUACCAUAUGGACGUGGCCUAUCAUAAUAAUGUCCACGCAGCAGAUGUUGUGCAAUCCACACAUGUUCUUUUGUCCACACCAGCCCUAGAGGAUGUGUUCACAGAUCUUGAGGUCAUGGCUGCUUUGUUUGCCAGUGCUAUUCAUGAUGUGGACCAUCCAGGAGUAUCCAACCAGUUCCUCAUUAACACAAACUCUGAACUAGCUCUAAUGUAUAACGAUGCUUCAGUGUUGGAGAAUCAUCACCUGGCUGUGGGUUUCAAGCUUCUACAGGAGGAGAACUGUGACAUCUUCCGCAAUCUCAGCAAGAAACAACGUCAGUCCCUGCGGCAGAUGACUAUAGAUAUGGUAUUAGCCACUGAUAUGUCCAAACACAUGAAUUUCCUGGCUGACCUGAAGACAAUGGUGGAAACCAAAAAAGUGACCAGUCUUGGAGUCUUACUGCUAGACAACUACUCAGACCGAAUACAGGUGCUCCAGAACAUGGUGCACUGCGCCGACCUCAGCAACCCCACCAAACCCCUGGAGCUCUACCGACAGUGGACAGAUCGCAUUAUGGUGGAGCUCUUCAGUCAAGGUGACCGGGAGCGUGACAAAGGCAUAGAAAUCAGCCCCAUGUGUGACAAACACACAGCUUCUGUUGAAAAAACUCAGGUGGGAUUCAUUGAUUACAUUGUCCACCCUUUGUGGGAGACAUGGGCUGAUCUGGUUCAUCCUGAUGCUCAGGACAUUCUAGAUACAUUAGAGGACAAUCGUGAAUGGUACCACAGCAUGAUUCCACGUAGCCCGUCCCCAACACCUGAGGAACAGGACCCACGGGAGAUGGUGGGCACUGGAGGCUCAUCAGGAGAGAAGUUCCAGUUUGAACUGACUCUUGAGGAAGAGGACGGAGAGUUAGAAGCUGAAGAGGAGCACACUGAGAAAUCAAGGACUAUAGCGGACACCAAGCAUCCAUCCAUGUCCCAGAGCCUUACACUUGGAGGCCCAACUAUUUUAGAUAACAGUGAAAGAGAACUGGACCAAGAAAUGACCAACAUAUCCAUCAUGCAGUUAGAAACUUAAUAUGGUCCUGUACUAACAGAGCUGCUUCAGUUGUGUUUCAUUGGCCCUGUCCCAAAUGGAGCAUUUGAUGCUGACUUUCGGUUUCGUGGCCUUUGCUCAUGCAUGUCUGUGAAGACCACGAGACAGCAAGGUGUGCUAUUUGUAAUUUCAGAAGGAUGCUUGAGAGCCCUCCUUUUGUGGUCAAUAUGUACCCUCAAUGCACCCUUUUGUCCAGCCUGCACUUGUAUGGACUCCACAGCAGACAUUUGGGACAAGGCCUUAGUCACAGUCAUUAACUGGAUGAGAUUGGGGUUAAGUUGUUGGAAAGUACCUGUGUAGCUGCAGUCCAUAAAAACCAUCCACUCUUGCUUUUGCUUGUUCUUAUUAAAUAAUUGUCCCAAGGUUUGUCUGAGCAAAUAAGCCUGUAUUUUAAAGCUACUGUAUUUUUGUGUCCCAGACACAGAAAUUGGCAAAGGACUGAGGAGAAAUGUGUAGAUGAAUUUUUUGAGAGUCACAUGGAGAAACAGAGUCUUCCCUUGAGCAACUGUCCAUGCCAAUUGAAGAGGAAACUGAUGUACUCAUUAUGUAAAUGUCACUGAACUUUUUCACCAGACUCUACAAUAUUUAUUAUCUUGAAACUUUUUACUUUUGGAAAUCUUCAUGCUUUUGCUUUUUUUGCCACUGAAACAUUACCUAGAUGAUUUAACUGUCAAAAUAUUAGAAUACCGUAUGGAGAAUCCCUUUACAUAUGUCUUUGUACUGAAAUACUUUUAUACCUCAAAACAUUAGCACUAUGUAGACAUGUUGAUUUUAUCAAUAUAAAUAGGACUGAUUUAUCCUCAGUACUAAUUUAUGAAUCUUGACAAAUCUUUGCCAAAAAAAAUAUUUUUUUUGCAAAUCUAAAUACCCCUACACUAACAUCAUGACUGAAUCAAUGUUUUCAUGCCAAUUCUCUCUUAUGUAUCCAUGUCUGGCUGCCUAUCGGAGACUAUUUAGCCAGAGACGGAGCACUUGUAUUCAAAUUAAUGGGAGAAAUUGGAACACCCAAUAUGGCAGUUGUAGAAAAGGAAGUCCCGCCUUACAUGUAAAAGAGCCAAUCACCUUUCAGAUGCAGACACCGGCAGUUAGUUAACUCAAGAAUGUGCAUUAGCUGGACCAGGCCAAAAAUAACGGGGGGUGGGGGGUGUUAAUGAUCUGAGCUAAAGAUGCACUAUUUCUGAUACCAUUGUUGUCAGAUUUUACUGCUAAGUUGAAAUAUGUUCUUUGAUCGUAAUCUUGACCAACCAUUUUAGUCUUUCCCCAUUCAAGUAGAUAGGAAAUAUACUUUUAUUCUGUUUGUAUCCAUAGAAAAAUAGCUGCUCUGGAGCAUUCCCAAGAUGGCUGCCGAGUGGACUGAAUUGCCUUUACUUUGGUUCUAUAAAAAGCUGAAUUGGAUCUGACAUUUUCCCCUUAGGUCUGUUUCACACUGCACACAUAAGCAGCAAAUUAUUUUUCGCAUAUAUAAACUGUGUGCGCACGGCUAUAGCUGCAAGUAUAGUUUUGGCACAGAGCCUAUUUUGGCUACACGUAGCAUGAUUUAACUGCAGAAAACACUCUGAAAAUGCACUAUAAAUCUAUUUAUCAACACAGUCUUUUGCAAUGUAGGCUUUUAUGAAACAAGAUAUCAUAAUGGAUCAAGCUACUCACCCAUUAUUUGAAAAUACACACUGUUCGGCUUGAUGCAAGUAACACUCGCAGUGACAGGCACACACAUACCUACAACUUUAUAUUCAACAUGUGUGACUGAACUGCUGUUGCAGUUAUGCUGCAGAGCCUCUUACAGACUGCUUAUGUAUGCAGUGUACAACAGUCCUUAGUGUUACUCCAUGGUAAUUAAUCCUCUAGUAGUUACAGUGCAUCCGGAAAGUAUUCACAGCACUUCACUUUUUCCACAAUUUGUUAUG